AGACACAUCCGAAGGUCGAGGACUUUCAACUUUCCAUUCGUUCAUAUGAUUCUCUGGAGUUUGUGUGAUAAUAAUAUUUACAGGAUUACAAAUUAAAAUUAUUAAAUUGGUUUCUGUGUUGGUGAAAAAAAAAUUAGAAAUUUUAGUGUGAAAGCUUUCUCCAAUUUACUCUCUGGCUUAGUAUUUACCUAUCAAAAUUUGAGCAACAAUGAGUCUGGAACAUUUGUCAACCGGAUCCAUUUGUCCACCGUUGUUGCCGGAGAAAGUCCGGAUUUAUGCUAUGCGGUUUUGCCCUUACGCACAACGGGCGUUGUUGGCUUUGGCUGCAAAAGAUAUCAAUUAUGCCAAAACAGCGGGUGACGUAGUAUUCAUCAACUUGAAAGAUAAACCGGAAUGGAUAUUUUCAAAAAAUCCUGACGGAAAAGUCCCCACGGUGGAAAGAUCUGAUGGAAAAUGCAUUUACGAAAGUUUAAUCGUGUCUGAUUAUUUUGACGACACUCUCUCUGGCACUCAACUUCACCCAAAAGAUCCAUUCCAAAAAGCAGUGGACAGGAUUUUGGUUGAGAAUUUUGGAAAGUUGGGACCCCUCUUCUACAGAAUGAUAUUUCUUCCAGAAACACCACCUGGAGACAUUCCUAAGCUGUUUGAAGACUAUGAAAAAAUCAUAACAGAAUUUUCGAUGGAGUUGGAGAAACGUGGAACUAAUUUUUUUGGAGGCAACGAUCAUCCCGGAAUGGCUGACUAUAUGAUUUGGCCAUGGUUUGAAAGGCGACCGGUGAUCCAACUCCAGCAUCCUGACCUCAAGGGACAAGAAAUUAUCGCAAUUGAUCAAUGGGUGGAACGAAUGAAAGAAGACCCAGCCGUCCAAAUGUGGUACUUAACUCCGGAGGUGCAUCAUAAAUACAAUCAAACUGUCCGAACUGGAAGCCCAGACUUUAACAUGCUUUUUGAAAAGUAGUAAUAAUCAAUAAUUUCUAAAGUGAGAAACCAAAACAUUGCGUCCAAAAAAUAUAUUUCUAGAAUUUCGCGUCCUGAUUAGAAUUCUAUACACAAAUGUAGCAGUUAUGUAGUUGCAUUUAUGGCACUAAUACUUUAAUAAACAUUUUCAUGCACUAAUUUGCUGUUCCAUAGCA